UUGCGGCGGCGGUGCCGGCGGGAGCGGGAGAGCGGCCAUGGAGCGCGGCGGGGUGCGGGAUGCGGUGCGGCGGGGGUCUCUGUCGGUCGGCUUCUUGCCGCCCUUCGCGCACUUCGCCACGCAGGCCAUCCACGCCGGGCAGGAGCCCGAGCAGUGGCGCUCGGCCGCCGUGGUGCCACCCAUCUCCCUCUCCACUACCUUCAAGCAGCAGGCCCCCGGGCAGCACACGGGUUUUGAAUACAGCCGGAGUGGAAACCCUACACGGAACUGCCUGGAGAAGGCUGUAGCAGCACUAGAUGGAGCGAAAUACUGUUUAGCUUAUGCUUCUGGCUUAGCUGCUACUUUGAAUAUUACUCACCUGUUAAAGGCAGGGGAUAUGAUUAUCUGCAUGGAUGAUGUCUAUGGAGGAACAAACAGAUACUUCAGGGAAGUAGCCAUGAAACUGGGUUUGAAUGUAGUUUUUGUGGAUUGCGCAAAAAUGGAAUGCCUGGAAGCUGCAAUUACACCAGAGACCAAGCUUGUUUGGAUUGAAACGCCCACAAACCCCACGCUGAAGGUCAUUGACAUUCGGGCCUGUGCAGCUGUAGUGCAUAAGCAUAAAGAUGUUCUUCUAGUGGUAGACAACACUUUUAUGUCUGCAUAUUUCCAGCGUCCUUUAUCUCUGGGGGCUGAUAUUUGUAUGUAUUCUGCAACCAAAUACAUGAAUGGGCAUAGUGAUGUUGUAAUGGGACUUGUUUCAGUAAACUGUGAUGACCUCUACGAAAGGCUCAAGUUCUUACAAAACUCUCUUGGAGCUGUUCCAUCUCCCUUUGACUGUUACCUGUGCAAUCGUGGUUUGAAGACACUGCAAAUCCGGAUGAAACAACAUUUCCACAAUGCAUUAGCUGUUGCUCGAUUUCUUGAGUCGCAUUCCCUGGUGGCUAAAGUAAUUUUCCCAGGCUUGCCUUCACACCCUCAGCAUGAGUUGUUCAAGCGGCAGUGUACUGGCUGUCCUGGGAUGGUCGCCUUUUAUGUUAAAGGAAAUCUUGAACAUGCUACUACCUUUCUCAAGAAUUUAAAGGUUUUUGCACUGGCUGAGAGUCUGGGUGGCUAUGAAAGCCUGGCAGAGCACCCGGCCAUCAUGACUCACUCUUCAGUGCCCAAAGCAGAUAGAGAAGCUCUUGGAAUCAGUGAUACAUUAAUUCGCCUGUCAGUUGGUUUGGAAGACGAAGAAGAUUUACUGGAAGACCUGGAUCAAGCUCUGAAAGCUGCAUUUGCAGACCGUAAGGCUUGACGUUUGAAACGGGAACUUGGACUUGAACAUUGAAGUGGUUAAAGAAGGUGACAUGGAAAGCAAAAUUGCUGAUGAUUUUCCUUUGAUUUGUCUUUGAGGAUUUAAAUCUGCUCAAUCGAAUGCUGAAUUCCCAGGGAGUUCUCACUGCGUGCUGUUAGUUAAUUCUGCUGAUACCUGGCUAGACAUAGACCGUGCACUGCGGCGCACAGGCUGUGCUCUCCUGUGGGUCUGUUUCUGUGUAUUGUAAUCCUUUGGCUUUGGAAUUUAUGGAGUCAGUAAGCUGUGAGAGCAGCCACGAUGCACACUCAGGAAUAUAAUCCCGGUUCUCUCAGCAGAGAUCAGUGUUUCUCAUUUGUUGUGCUCAUGCUGCAGGGGUGUUAGAUCAAAAGAGUUGGUUUGUGUUGUUGCUCCUCAGGAUGCACAGUUAGUUUUUCUGAUCUCUUCUAAUGCAGCAAACCAACUUUAAAACUGUGGAUUUACCUUAGAUUUUAAUUUUUUUAAGUUAAGUUGGAAAUGUGCUUAAAUACUUUUUCCUCUGUUGAUGUUUUAUGGAGUAUUGAAAAUGAAGAGAAGUCCAACACCUGGUAAACAAUGGUAACUUUCUAAAGAGGAUUCUUUCACUCAAAAAAAAAAAAAAAAAAAAAAAAAAAGAAAUAAUCAUGUAAUGUUAAUUGUAGUAAUUAUUUUAUUCUUAUUUGGAAUUUGAAUAAUCCUACUUAAAAUACACUUUGAAUUUCCCUGA